AUGCCCCACGCCGCCCGCGGUGAAGCCUUGCCCUGGCCCAUGUGGCCGCAACCGCGCUGCCGAUUGAAGUUCGGCCGCCUAUUGGUCCCUCGCCGCGUGAGAGGUGAAAGAGAACCGUUUUGAAUAAUUAUUUUGUUACUUAAGAGUAAUUUACAACACAAGACGAGGUCCACGGAGCUGUGAAAGUUUUCCCUCCAGUUAGAAUUAGAAAAAACUCUUUAGAGAAAGGUAGCCUGGUUUUCACACAUCUUCAGAACAAUAAAAUGGCCUGCUGUUCCAAGCAAAGUGGGACAUUUGGGCAGUUUAAUGGAGAAGACAGGUCAAUUACAUUAAGUCAACAAAAACUAAAAAAUGCUACUAUAGUCAUUAUCAGCCAAUAAAUGUAUUGUCAUAGGCCUACCCUAUUGAAAAUUAUUUAUGACCUGAUUUGCCAUCCUUAAAAAAUGUUAUCAUGCGUAAAAACUAUAGGACAUCUUGCGUAGAACCAAUGUAUGAGACAUUUAAUAGCCUAUUCUAUAAUUACUUACUGUAUAUGUUACCAAAAUGCACUGUGGUGGGUUGUUCCAGGGUUGUUGAAUGAACGUGGCUAUACAGAAAUUCUGAUUUGUGCGGCCAAUAACCAACAUGGUAUAUAGGCCCACCGGGGGCCAGUAUGAAAAAUGUAUGCACUCACUAACUGUAAGUCGCUCUGGAUAAGAGCGUCUGCUAAAUGACUAAUUUUUUUUUUUUUUUAAUAGCCUAUCAGAAAUAAUCAUCAGCAUUUUCUGUGAAUUUUACUUAAUUUGACAUGCUACUAAAAACAACAAACGCUGUUACCGAGAGCUGGGAUACCCCAGAUGCUUGAGGCAAGUGUUGGAAACAAUACUAACAUUAUUUCCAGUACCAAUAACGGUUGUAUGGUUCCCAUUAAUAAAUGCGCGCACUAUCCUGCAGAUUAUGGAAUAUAAAGACCACGAGAUAAUAUGAAGAAAAUGCUGUGUUCGACCUCAAAUCUUUGCGUUAUCAGACAUUAUCUUGUCAUGGUUCAGCAACAGUGAAAGGUAGCGAAUAAACUGUGCUAAUGCAUGCUAUGUCUGUGUAGAGCGUGCCAUUGGAAUAAAACGUGGGGAUCCUGCGUUUGUAAUGCGCGAGUGUGUGUGAUAAGAAGGUGGGGGUGAGAGACCCCGUCGUGUUUUGACCCCCAAACAACUCCCAACCACCAUCUCUCCCCACAUCGUCUCUGCCUCGCUCAAUGUUUAAAGCAACAUCACUCAAGUCGCUGUGACAUUUUCCAGCCUGUCGCGACAGUCCAUGGACAGCGAGAACGACCAAAAAGGACGCUAUUUCUCCUCACCAAGCAUCUCGCCUGCGAGCCGGACCCAAAAACAUAACGUGCGGACCUACCAGAGCGCUCUCGAAACCGCAGCCCAUGCCUGAGAGUGACUAUAGCCUACACGUCAAAUGUAGGUUUCGGUGGGAUAUUUUAUGGAAUUAUAUUUUUCUAAAAUAGUGUAUUGGAUUUCUGUAAUAUUUGAUGCCUGCAUGUAACAUAGCCUAAUGGUUGAUAUAUUCUUAUUAGUGAUAGCUAUUGAAUACACAUCGCUUUUAUGGUCGUGCACAUCUAAGUUUGGAUCAUAAAGCUGCUUGAUUGCAUCAAAAGUAACGAUUCAAUUUACUUCGGAAUUAUAUGUAGCCUAUUGUAGCCCAUAUUAGCCUAGGCUAUUGCUGUAGCCAAAUUAUGGUCUACACUCUGGUUUAGCUAUUCUUUUUUUUAACCAACUCCGUUCUAAAUAAUGAUGAGACUUAAGCGUUUGAUGCUGCAACUGUUAUAAUUUCACCUCUAUCCGUUUAUUAAAGAACGCAUUCUUUUCAUCAGAUAAUCUGGAUACAGGAGGCAGAACGCCUGCGCUGGACAGCGGGUCUGGUCUCAUCCUUCCCGGAGUAGGAUUGGCUUCCGUGUCGCAUGGAUAAGAGGGUAGGAUGGCUGUUUACUCAAUUCUACUGCAUCCUUUACACUCACUCAUCAUUUGUAGUAUCACGGUAGUGCGUAUCCUUCUCUCCAGAUAAUAAUCUUGCUAGUUUGGUUAUUGUAGCAUUUUGCCUCUUUGCUCGGUCCUUACGUUUUGACGUAGCGCCUCUCGCUGCCUGUCUCGCCUCCCUUCCUAUCCUCCCUCGCGUAGGCCACAGCUCCCAGCCAUACAGGGCAAAUGAAGGCAGCAGCAACAUGUCAAGGAGUUCACAUCAAGCUAUCAGAAGGAAUAACCUUAUUGACAUAAUUGUGCAUGCUCUGAAUAUUCCUAAAUAAACUGACCUGACCUAAAUCAUUAGGGUCGUGUUGAUAUAAUGUCAGAAUGAUACUUUUCUCAUUGUUUUACAAGGGCUUUAGGACCAUAAAUAUAUAGCUCUUAUAUAGGGUGUAAAAACUAUCCCUUUAUAGCCAUAAACGUUUAUCUGGGUUUCAAUAUGUAUAGUGUAAUAUUUGAAAUAUAGGCUAUUUAAAACUGAGAAUGUGUGUUUCCUGCAGGAAUUAAUAUUCGAUUCCAUUGUGAAAAUGGAAAGACAUUAUAUGUCCAUAUACAGUAUGAGGUGAAGUGAGUAGGUCGAGUAAAAAGAGAGACAGGGAGCGGCAGACCAAGUCGCUAAGUAGGUCAACUCUUUUGCUACAGUGAGUCCGCGGCUCGCGGAUCCCGUUGCUAUGUGCACUGUGCCACUCUUUUCCAUUCCUAAAGAAAAUUACCAUAGUAGACUAAUCAUGACAUUGUAUCACACACACAUAACACACACACACCAAUAACCUGCUGAAUAUCUAAGGCUGCAGACAUAGGCUACCACAUUUUUUGAGUAACUUGUCAAACUCCCAUGCAGUGAACUGUUGCUCUUUUCUGUAUCUAUCUUGAUGUUUCAUUAAAAGAAAAAAAGGUUACAGGUCAGAUGAAAUUGUUAUCUAUUUGUUAUCUGUGUUUUAAUAACACGUUCGGCUUACAGCUGAGUGAGGAAAUUAAGACAUUUUGAUAUGUCAUAUAGCCUGACUGUCAACGGCUUCGGGUCGUGCAAAUCAAAGUAACUUUUCCGGAUAAGAUUUUUCGGUUUACUGUAAUUAGGCCUACAGAUGACAAUUACGCAGUCGCUUUUCAUUUACAUUUUACAUUUGAUUUUCGUUAUAUUAGUGUAAUCCUGUUAAGAAUGUUGUAAUUUACGCUAAUUAAAAUUCAACAAAACAGGUACUUUCUUUGGCCAAUUUGAUUACAAUUCAGACUUUAGUUCACGGAAACAAGGUCAAGAAAGUGUAUCAGUCAAUUAUCCAUAAUUAGCCUAAUUCCGGUUAUAUGCACCAAAGGGAAGUGAAUUUGAUCAAUUAAAUAUGUUGUCCCAGGCACUGUAAAGUAUACAGUAUAUCCCACUGUUUACAAUUGGUGGCAUUAGCCUGUCAUUCGAGCAUAUGGCUAUUAGACUACCUUAAACGGAAAGGAAAUGCAUCCGUUAGGAAACCUGUAGAGUAUUCUAUUUUUGCAUAGUCUACCUACGUGUAUUAGGCCUACAUGUAUGCUAAAUGAAAAACUAUUGUCACAAAAAACUCUAUCACUUUAGAUUGGAAUAAGCAGGUUGUUGGGACAACGUAGGAUACCAAUGUAUGUUCCCAUUGGUGCUUUUUAUUUUUAACAUAAGCUACUCGAAUGAAAUACAUUGCAUUUGUCUGAUGUUGGAGAAAAACAUAUUUUCUCCGUGAGAAUAAUGAAACUGUUGAAUGGCUUUGGAAAUACAGGCUAUAGGCGAAUGUUUGCAAACUUUGUUUUUGCCAACAGGCAAUCUGGUGGGAAGUGAUUUGUAUUUAUUGAAUAUAUUGCACAUUGCAAGUUCAAACAAGUAUGUUUAUAGUUUAUUCAAACUGGUUUAUUGAGUAAAACAACUGCAAGAACAAAAUAUGAAGGAUGCGCAUGCUGAUAUAUAUCCAUCCACUGGUCUGUGGUUAAUUGUUAGCAUGAAUAUUUCUAAUAUAUGUAAUAGCCUAUGUAGUAAAAAAUAUGUUGAACUUAAUUGCUGAGAAAAUUAAAUGAUAAUAGUUUAUGCCUAUAUAUUCGUAUAGCAAACUAAGCUCUCUCUUUGAACUAUCCUGAUAAUGAUGAGGAUUGCAGUAAAUUAUAAUCGUAUUAACAUUGUAAGUGUUUUUCACGUUUGAAUCCCCUCUCUCAGCCUCAUGCCUUUUAGGAAAAUUUGAAGAAUCCGUCAUCUUGAUUUCGGUGCUUUGAUCCGUUGACGGACAGCGGCUACAGUCGCACUGUAAUCCGAGAGCUCGUGUAAAGAAAGGCGCGGAACCUGAUAGUGGUGAUUGUGUUAAUAGCGAGUAUCCAUAAAACAAAAGGUGUCCCGACAAAACCGCAGAGCAGGUGCACGCUGUGAUCACGCAGCCAUAUGGGACUAUGAUUGGCCAUACUUUAAUCCAGGAGAAAACCGCUGGUUUUUGCUGACAGAAGAAAAGCCUUGGAGACUGAAGUCAGCUACAGUUUAACACACAUCAGCUCUGUAAUGUUGAGAGAGAGACAGACAGAGUGUGUGAGAGAUAGAGAGCAUAGGCUCAUAUUUAUGUAUGAAUCUGUGCGUGUUUGUUUAUCUCAUGUCAAUAGUCCCAGUGUGGAUGUUCCCUCUGAAAAACUGCUCAGCAAGGAGCCUCUAGUCAGUGUUUAUGAAGGAGAAGAGAAAAUUAGCUACAGCUUCGAAGUGAUCUGCUUCCAUAUUCACAGGGGGCCUCAUCUCCUAAUUUCUCUCUCUCUCAUUCUUGCUCUUACACACACACACACACACACACACACACACACACACACACACACACACACACACACACACACACACACACACACACACACACACACACACACAAACUUUCUCCACUUCUCUCCACAACAAAAUGCAGAUGAUUGAAAUACACCCCAACACACAUGUUGAAUAUGUUAUGUCUCUCCCCCCUGUUCCUCAGUAUGAAGACUUGGUGCACUACUCAGGGUCAGAGGGCAUGCCCGUGGGGGGGUAUGGAGAGGCCAUGAGGUCACUGGCCCCCCCCUCACUAUGGCCACACUGUCCCAGAUUCCCUCAAACACCACAGGGACCAGAUCUAUGGGUGAGCAGAAAAUAACUAUUUCACUGCAGUUUGUGUGUGUGUGUGUGUGUGUGUGUGUGUUUGUUAGAUCUAUUUUUCAUUCUAACAGUAUGCAUGUAUAUUUACUAUCAGGGUGCUCUGUGCCUAUAUGCAUUUGCUGGGAUGUGUGUGUGUAUUGUGUACAUGCAUGUGUGUGAGGAGAGAGAGAGAGGGAGUGUGUGUGUAUGUGUGUGUGCCACUAGAGAUCCUGGUUCGAAUCCAGGCUCUGUCGUAGCCGGCCGCGACCGGGAGACCCAUGGGGCGGCGCACAAUUGGCCCAGCGUCGUCCAGGGUAGGGUAGGGGAGGGUAUGGCCGGCAGGGGUGUAGCUCAGUUGGUAGAGCAUGGCGUUUGCAACGGCAGGGUUGUGGGUUCGAUUCCCACGGGGGGCCAGUAUGAAAAAAUAAAAAUAAUAAUUAUGCACUCACUAACUGUAAGUCGCUCUGGAUAAGAGCGUCUGCUAAAUGACUAAAAUGUAAAUGUGUGCCUGUGUUAACACUGUGUGUGUUCUGUGUGCACAGUCAUCCCCUGUUUCCAUUGCUGGCCCUGGUGUUUGAGAAGUGUGAGCUGGCCACCUGCUCCCCACGGGAUGUCACAUCCUUCUCAGUCCCGCCCCACCUCCAAGGCCUGACCAAUCACAGUGAUGUAUGCUCCUCAGACUCCUUCAACGAUGACAUCGCAGCCUUCGCCAAACAGGUGAGUUACAGCUCUACGAGCCAAUCAGAGAACAGCUGUGUACUGUAUGUGGGAUGUAUCAUAGUGGCCGGCAGUGAUUCAUGAUUCGAUUUUAGAUUAAAAGUUUAAUGGUCACAUGUGCAGGGAAGCAGGUUUAAUUCCAGGGUACAGUGAAAAUCUUAAGCUCCGAGCUCCAACCAUUAUCCAAAUGACAGUGGACGUCUUUCCUUGUGUGUUUCAGAUUCGCUCAGAAAAGCCAAUUUUUUCUACAAAUCCUGAACUGGACAAUCUGGUAAGAAAAUAAAUACACAUAUAAAUACUGUAACAGCAAAAGAACCAAAUGCUUAUAGCCUACAUGUUGGGACACACAGUAACCUAGAAAUCGAUUAAGAAUAACUCAAAUGCAUGUUUUUCAGUCAUAAUAUCAUAGGCUACAAUAUGGAAUAGCUUGUGUUCAUAGCUACCAAUCUGUUCUUCUCCUCAGAUGAUCCAGGCCAUCCAGGUACUACGUUUCCACCUGUUGGAGCUGGAAAAGGUGUGCUUCUUCACUCAUCUAAAAUAUAUUCUCUCCCUCUCUCUCGCUAUCUCUCUCGUUCUCUCUCCUCUUACCCUUUAUGAUUCAGACUAGUGACUGCUGAAUGCAGACAAACCAGAUAUGAUCAGCCGUCACACACCUAAACCAUUACAGUACUAUACUAUUUCUCUUCCCCCUCUUCCUCGUCUUCUAUAUUCCAGGUUCAUGACCUGUGUGAUAACUUCUGUAAUCGCUACAUCACCUGCCUGAAGGGCAAGAUGCCCACAGACCUGAUUCUGGAUGACAGGGAGGGCGGGUCCAAGUCCGACGUGGAGGAUUUCACUGGCUCCUGCACCAGUCUGUCAGAGCAGGUAGGUGACACCUGAAUGGCGAUUGACUAGUCCAAGGAGAACAUGAAAAAUUAGCUCAAAAGUCACAGAUUUCUCAGUAUAUCGCUCUCAAUAUGUCUCUGAAAAAGACACUGAUGAAGCUCUGUCGGGCAAAACACUUGUCACUAAAGAGGGAAUACAUUUUACUUUCUUUCACUACAGAUACUGAGUGCAGACCUUCUUAAUUUCCCUGUUCAUCUCAAUAUGUUUCUAUCGCUUUCCUUCUUCUCUCUGUAGAAUCAGUCGUGGUUGCGGGACCCAGAUGACUGUGCGUCCACUCCACUAGGGACACCUGGCAUGUCGUGUGGCCUGCCUUCACACAGCACAGACAACUGCAGCGAUACGGGUACCUCUAACACACUAACUCAUACACACACCUGCACACACACACUCUCGUCUUUUCAAUCACUCAUGCUAACAACAUAAUCGACAUAUACACAUAAACCUGACAUCAAUUGAACAUGUUAACACACACACACACACACACGCACGCACGCGCACGCACGCGCACGCACGCACGCACACACACACACACACACACACACACACACACACACACACACACACACACACACACACACACACACACACACACACACACACACACACACAAAAAAACUGUGCUAAUGCCAUAUCUCUAUUGUCCUCUGGCAGGGGAUGGUUUGGAUGGGGGCGUGGCCUCCCCCAGUACAGGAGAGGAGGACGAGACAGACCGAGACAGAAGGAACAACAAGAAGAGGGGCAUUUUCCCCAAACUGGCAACCAACAUCAUGAGGGCAUGGCUCUUCCAGCAUUUAUCGGUGAGAAAAGAGAGACAGAAGAAAUAAUAGUGAGAGAAGAAUGACAGAUAGAAGCAGAGGAGGGGAGAGGAGAGGAAAGAGUGACGGGAGGAAAGGAGGAAGGGGAUAUCAUACACGUAAUGCAAAACAAUUACGCUGAAAAUGGAAUUCAAUGACAGAGAGAUAAUGUGUGAAUAAGAGGUUCAAUAUUGAAUAGUACUGAACAGACACAGAACCAUUUAUGGUGAAAUGUAGUAAUUCUGAUAAUUAGCAGUUAUAUUGAAAAACUCUAAAGUAAUUCUCACUAAUUAUGACUGUACUAGAGAGAGAGAGCGCGAGAGAGAGAGUGUGAGAGAGAGAGGCUGCUUCACUUUAGGGGUCACGUCAGUUCAUAGAAUUUGACAUGAAUUUAGAUGGAAUGUCAGUCAUUAGUAUUAAUCUAAUGGUUGUAGGUCUCCCUCUUUCAUACAUGCUUUGGGUUUUUAAUUCUACACAGAUACUGGUGGAGCCAUUUGUGUGUGGUGUAUGUGUGAGCCAAAAUGAUACAUUUGAUGAUUUUAUGCAAUGAUAAUGUAUGCCAAAAGCAAAGGCUCUUGCUGAAUCUCAACCAGUUUUGAAAAUAAAUAAUGCCCUUGUUCUGAAUGUCCCUUCCCAGCACCCAUACCCCUCGGAGGAGCAGAAGAAGCAGCUGGCACAGGACACAGGACUGACCAUCCUGCAGGUCAACAACUGGUCAGUACCCCCCUGAUCAAUAACCAAUGAUCAGCUGUGUGUUUUACUACUGUACGGUGUCCCUUGUUGCCCGGUCCUUAGCGUGACCUCCACUGACCCCAUCAAUACUGAUCAAUCCAUUAUCACCCAGAGAUCCAUACUCCCUCUGUCCUAAUGUGGAUUGACGGUGAACCAUGAAGGGGUUAAGUGGUUGUAAAAGUGAAAGGUUAAUAUUCCCAGAGUUAGUAUUUUUCUCCAUUAACUGGUGUUCUCUCCCGACUCUCCUUCCAUUCAAUUCUCCUCCUCUUCCCCCUCUUUCCUCUCCAGGUUUAUCAAUGCAAGACGGAGAAUAGUACAGCCCAUGAUUGACCAGUCAAAUCGCUCAGGUAAUAUUACCAUGUUAUUACCACCGUAUUCCCUGCUCUAAUGUAUUGUUACUCAUGUAUCUAUAAAUUCCUAGGUUGUAUUAAUGUGGUUGUGUGUUUGGUUUACCAGGUCAAGGUGGUCCUUACAGCCCAGAGGGAGCAGCACUGGGGGGCUACGGACUGGACGGCCAAGCCCACCUGGGUCUCAGGGCAGCAGGUAAGAGACAGAGAUAAGGAUGACUGGGUCAUGUUCGUUAGGCAACAAAGAGAAGAAAACGGACUGAAGCAGGGAGGCACUACCAGAACUUGUCCAAUAAGAAAUGCUCAUUUCCAUUUUCCCGUUUUAAAAGGUUUUGCUCUGGUGUGCCCUACUGAACAUGACCCUAGUGUUUUUACCAAUCAUUUGGUGGACACAUUCAGUGGUAUGCUGUUGUACAGUACCUCCUAACAUCAAUUCCUCUCUCUCUCUCUCUCUCUCUCUCUCUCUCUCUCUCUCUCUCUCUCUCUCUCUCUAUCUCUCUCUCUCUCUCUCUCUCUCUCUCUAGGUCUUCAGGGGAUGCCAUCUCUUCCAGGAGAGUACCCCGGGGCCCUGCUGUCCCAGUCUGGUUACCCCCACGCCGGCCCGUCCCUGCACCCCUACCCCGGCCCCCACCCCGCCAUGCUGCUGCACCCGCCGCCCCACCCCCACCCCGCCGAUCCCCUCAUAGGCCAGGGUCUGGACAUACACGCCCACUAA